GCUCCAUCAAGUCAUAAUGUCAGGCAAGUCCAAAGCAAUCCAUUACUAGAUGAUAGGAAAACAAAGAAAACCGGACUUAAGUAGAGUCAGAGGGCAAAGUAAGCCACAGGAGUUGUUGGGCUCAGACACCCACCUCCUAUAUCCUCCGUUGCUGGGCCAGCACCUCUCUCGAGCUCAUACCUAUGCCAUAAGGGGGAGCGCUUAUGACCAGCUGAUAGAGGAGAGAGUUCCAGCUUGACUCAUGAAAGUGUUGGUUCAAUAUGAGGAUGUAAGCUGAAAUGGACUGCUGCUACACUACAGCGCCACUCGGUAGCCCUGAAAUUCUUCUCAUUGGCAGUUCUGCCUUCAUAGUUCUCUGCCUUUACCCAAAAACGCAGAAAAUGAACAAAUCCCAGGGAUCGGUUUCAAUCACGGAUGUGACUGUGGAUUUCACCCAGGAGGAAUGGGAGCAACUCGACCCCUCUCAGAGGAUCCUAUAUAUGGAUGUGAUGCUGGAGAAUUAUAGUAACUUACUAUCAAUUGACGUGUGGAAGGCUGAUGACCAGAUGGAGGGAGACCACAAAAACCCAGAUGAGCCUGCGAGGCAGUUUAUAAUCUUCAAGAACCAGAUGCCAAUUGAGGAAAGAGAUACUCUUUCUGAACAAACAUUUAACCUAAGUACAGACUUUGUUUCUUUAAGGCAAGUACCCUAUAAAUAUGAUUUAUAUGAAAAGUCUUUGAAAUAUAAUUCAGACUUACUUGAUAAUAAUAGAAGCUAUCUAAGAAAGCCAGCUGACGAGUGUAAUGGAUUUGGAAAAGCACUCCUUUAUCUGAAGCAAGAAAAAAUCCAUACUGGAGUGGAAUACUCUGAAUAUAAUAAGAGUGGAAAAGCCUUCAGCCAUAAAGAAGCCAUUUUUAAACAUCAGAAAAUUAGAAAUUUGGUGCAGCCUUUUAUUUGUAAUUACUGUGACAAGGCUUUCUCCUUCAAGUCUCUCCUCAUUAGUCAUAAGAGAAUACACACUGGAGAAAAACCUUAUGAAUGUAAUGUGUGUAAGAAAACCUUCUCCCAUAAGGCAAACCUCAUUAAACACCAGCGAAUUCAUACUGGGGAGAAGCCCUUUGAAUGUCUUGAAUGUGGAAAAGCUUUUACCCACCAGUCGAACCUCAUUGUCCACCAGAGAGCACACAUGGAGAAGAAGCCCUAUGGGUGCAGUGACUGUGGCAAGACAUUUGCGCAGAAGUUUGAACUUACUACACACCAGAGAAUUCACACGGGAGAGCGACCCUAUGAGUGUAAUGAAUGUGCGAAAACCUUCUUCAAAAAAUCAAACCUCAUUAUACAUCAGAAAAUUCACACAGGGGAGAAACGCUAUGAGUGCAGUGAAUGUGGAAAAUCCUUUAUCCAGAACUCACAACUCAUCAUACACAUGAGAACUCAUACCGGAGAGAAACCUUAUGAAUGCACUGAAUGCGGUAAAACAUUCAGCCAGAGGUCAACUCUCAGGUUACAUUUGCGAAUCCACACGGGAGAGAAGCCCUACGAGUGUUCUGAAUGUGGGAAGGCCUUUAGCAGGAAGUCCCGUCUCAGUGUCCACCAAAGGGUUCAUAUGGUGGACAAGCCCUGAGCCUGCAACCAGGUUGUACUGUGGAAAUCCUUCGAGUGGGGAGAAACCUCAUGAAGGUACUGAAGUUGGGGGUUCAUACUGAGAUACGGUCUGUCAAUUCAAAAGUAAUGAAAGUCGAAUCUUCUAGAGAUAUACAAAAGGUUAGAUGGGACACCUGAGUAAAGAAUAUUUACCGGAAUAUAUCUGAUUGUAAGCAGACACACAGAGCUCUCACAAUCAGCUUUUUAAAAUCUCAAGUAUUCAGGAAUGAAAUAUUUUGGGCAGUAGCAUAGAGUGUGGACAGGUGGUACCCUAGGAAAUGAGUGGUUCUGUGAUGAAAUGCCACAAGACAGAUUAUAUAUUUUAGAUUUGCACGUGUGAAUGUAACACGGUCACUGGGAGUUUGAAAUGCUUGUUCUUUUGUUCUCUGUGGUGAUUAGGACACAUUAAACAGGAUUUUCAUAAAACACGUUACCAUGUUUUUCUGGCACCUUUGCAAAUGAAAUUUAUAAUUGUGUAUUACAAAUGAAAUAGGUGACAGAUUUUUAAAGUAGCAUGGAGCAUAUAUUUUUCCCCUAAUGCUUGCUGGCGUAUAUGUAAGUAGGUAUGGCCAUUGUUAGUGAACUGCCUUUUCAAUAAAUAGAAGACAGUGGUGAAGUUUUAACUGGUUCCUGGGCUUACUGAAGAUUUUUCUAGAGACAUUCACGUAAAUGUGCAAGUUUGAAGUAAUUGUGAGGGGGUUUUGAGUGAAAGGAGGCAGGUGGGGUUGUAUACCCGAGUCUGUACUGCAGGACAAAGCCAGGCUGCAUGAAGAGCAUUCGUCUGUCCUGUUCUCAUUUGUCAGGGGCUGUUUGUAUACCCACGCGUGUCCUUUCCCAAAGUACUGUGCAUAUUGUGUGUGUUUCUUUGAAUAUUUUAUAAAUUGUCUUGCAAAAAGUAGGAUGCAUAUGUAGUUCCCAAUUGUUACCUUUCAGAGACCUUAAAGGAAUAAUAAUUUAUUUUCAGAAACUGUUAGUAAAUGUCUAAUUGCUUUUUUAAAACAUCCAUGUUUGUAGCUUACUUUAGAAAUGAAUUUUUUGCAGUUUUUUUUUUAAAGGAGACACAUUUGCUUUCUAGAGCUUCACUAGCACCAGUCAAAGCAUUACUCUUUGAAACAUCACUUGCGCUAUAACUUUUCCUUUAAAAAUUCACAAACAUUUUGACACUUUUUAGUGAUUCUCUCCAUAUAGUGUUUGUAGAUUAACUUACGAAACAAUUUUUUUACAUAAAGAUAUGCAGUUUUAAGUGUUAUCAAAUCCUCAGUUUCCGCCUUUCCGUAAUCAUACAUUAAAAUUAUGAAUGGCAACCAUAACUGGCUUAUUUUCCUUUGUUAAUCUUUAAGAUCAUUGAUGUACUAUGACUGUAUAGGAUGAUGAGUCUCUCACAACUGGGAAACUAUGACUAAGGUAAAAAAAAAAAAACCAAAAAACAAAAACCAAAAGAGCGUCAGUGAAAAAGACUUGUUUAUCAAUGCAUAUUG